AUGGCGGCCGUGUCGCCGGUGGCUGCCGCUGUGGAAUGUAAACAGACUAAGAAGCCUGGCUUGGUAAGCUUCGAGGGCAUAGGUGGUUCUGCUUUCGAUGGAAAAUAUAACAAAAACAACAACGACUUCUAG